AUGAAGUCAAUGGCUGUGAAUGCUAUCAAUAAAAAGUUAACAAUGGAUGAGAUUGUGGCUCAGGCGUGGGUCUUCUUUCUGGCCGGCUCUGAGACCACAUCCAAUACAUUGGGUUACGGCUCAUACGAGUUGGCACUCAAUCCACAUAUUCAGGACCGACUGUACGAUGAGGUAAUGUCUUCGGUGGACUCGGAGGGAGAGAUCAGUUACGACGAGUUGGCAAAACUCCCACUUCUGGACGCCGUUAUCUCCGAGACUCUACGCCUAUACCCAUCGGUCGUACGCCUCGAUCGUAAGGCCAAAGUCGACUAUAAGUUGGCCGACACUGGGAUCACAAUAGAAAAGGGAAAAUGCGUUGAAAUACCGGUCUAUGCUAUACAUCACUCGGAAGAGUAUUAUGAAAAUGCCCACCAAUUUGACCCUGAUAGAUUUAUGCCACAAAACAGGCAUAAACUCGUUGCCUACACAUACCUGCCUUUCGGCGCCGGUCCUCACAAUUGCAUUGGUAUGAGGUUUGCGUUAAUGGAAGUGAAAUUGGCUUUCGUUCACAUUAUACAGAGAUUUCGUUUCGUUCGUACGGAACAGACGUCCGUUCCCUUAGAGUAUAGGAAAGCCGUCCCAUUCCUGUCGGCCACUAGUGUUGUGGUCGGCAUUCAAAAGAGAUAA